GCCAAGUGUAGACACAAGUGUAACAUUUUUGUAUUCAGUGGAAAACAAAAAUCCACAAUCGAAGUUGGAAAUACCAAGCCUUCUGGAGCAACCUAAAAGUGUUGUGAUGGCUCACUUUCCUAAGAAGAGGCCCCUGUCUGAGGGGAGUGAUGUGAACUCUCCCAGCAACACAGACAGAUCUUCUGAUAGAUGCCCUCCUGAGGAGGAUGUGGCUGCUAUAUCAACCAGAUCCCAGAGUGAGGAGAAUGAGAACCACCAAUGUAAGAAGAGGUACCUAUCACUGUCUGAGGGAGGGGAUCCUGAUGAUGUGAACCCUUCCACCAACACAAACAUUUUAUCGAACGGAAGGCCUCCUGAGGAGGAUAUGGAUGCUAAUUCAACCAGUAAGGGGAUUGAGAUCCCGCAGAGAGGAAGUCCCAGUCCUGCGAGCAUAAACUUUCCAGACCAGUCAAUGGACCUCCCAAAUCAAGUUGAAAACAAAUUACGUGAUACAUUUUAUCUUCUACAAACAACAUAUUGCAUUUAUCUUCAAAUUACAUGGGCAUUCUUAAAGUCAACUGGUGACGUGUUUGUUGCAAUUCUGGAACCUAACAAUAUAGAGAAUAAGGAAAACAAACCUCCAAUAAUUAGUCAUACCAAAGAGUUACUUCUUGAGGCAGUGAAAAAAAUGUUGGAAAACGAAGUGCAAUUACAAAAUAUAAAAUUUUCUAUGUAUUUGCUCAACUCUCCUUCGCAAAUUAUAGGUCAUAAAAUAAAAGAUUUAGCAGAACUGAACAAGUAUGGCAUAACAACGAUUUUUACAGACUGUCUGUCGGAAAACCAAAACAUCCCAAAGCAUUUUGAAAACAUGUCUGAAUUUCUUGAUAAAUACUACUCAUUACAAACAAAAGGUUGCAAGCAAAAAUUUGAUACGCAACAUGCAUGGGCAUUUAUAGAGUCACCUUGUGGUGGUAAACCGGUUUUUGUUGACUUAUUUGAAUUAGAAGAUUGCAAAAAGAUGGGUAAGGGAGAACAUACCGAAAAGUUACUUCUUCAGGAAGUAAAACAAAUAUUGAAAAACAAUGAGAAAUUGCGAAAUACCAAAUUGUUUUUCUAUACCCUUAAUUCACCUUGUUUGCAAAAUUCCGGUCAUGAUUCAUGCAUGAAUUUACUGAUUGAGGAUUCAGCAGAACUGUACAAAUCUUAUGGUAUAAAAACUAUUGUUGGAUACAGCAAAUGGUACGGUAAGACUGGAAAGUUGACAACCCUUAUAGAUCCAUAUAUCAGCUCAUUCAAUCACUUUAAUUUGAUAAUCAGUAGUCCUAAUUAUGAAAACUAUCGUGACAAAUUUACAAUUUUUAACACUGAGUAUAACAAUAAGAAAAUCCAUGACUCUAAAUCAAAUUUUGAAGACAGAGAACUUACCAGGAAACUUUAUAGUUCGAGUAAACAGUUUCUGCCCAACAUUUCAGAAGUACCUUUCAAAUUGAAAACUUUUAAAAACAUCCAUAAGUGUGUGACAAAGAAAUUUAGGUCAAUUAGCAAUUACCAUAAAAAAGAUUUGAAAACCGAUAAGAAAAGUCUUGACCUACAUUUUUCCAUACCCCAUUUUGGAACUUGUAAUAAAUUCCAAAAGGUUGGAGAGUAUCUAGCUGAAAAAUUUGACUUAGUAAAAUACAUUGGUGAUGACUUAGAUCAAUCUAAAGUAGAAUUCAUAAAAUGGUGGACUAAAACAAUUGCAGACGAAUAUACUACUUUUCUUCGAGAAGACAUUAAUAGACGACUUAGUGAAGAUGAACACAGAAUCACAGUCCUCAAUUACAUCAAGAUUAACACUGCAGAAUAUUUACAGUUUUGUCACUUACCACCAAACAGUUUAUACAAACUUUUAAAUUAAUACAUGCAGCGUAUUCAUUCGAGGUUGUGAGCUAUAGAUUAUUUAAUUAUAUGAAUAAAUCAAAUUGUAUUGGUCACAUGUCUUAUUUACCAAGUCAGUUAAGAACAAAUUCUUAUUUUCAAUGACAUACACAUUGUUAGCAGAUGUUAAUGCAAGUAGUGAAAUGCUUGUGCUUCUAGUAAUCUAACAUUCACAACUGCUUGUAAAGGGGCGAAUAGAAUAUGUACAUAUGUCUCCACUUCCCCUGUGUGUUUUGCUGUACUGUAAACAUAUGCUUUAAUACCAAGAAAAAAAUCAUUGAUCAUUUGUUUUCCUCAUUUUAUGCCGUAUGUGGAUUUUAUUGUAUAGAAUGCCACUUCUAUCACUUGUAUUGGUUUAUAAAUAAAACUGGUCCUCCAAAGCGGGGCUGGU